AUGUACUCUGGUCACGUAAAUGAACCAACUAUUAUUUUGGAAGCUGUUGCCUCUUAUGAUCUUUGGAUAUGGCAUGCUUUUUCUGGUUUACCUGGGUCUCAUAACGACAUCAACGUACUUGAUCGAUCUUCUGUUUUUGCUGCGUUGGCCGAAGGCCGUGGUCCUCCAUGCAACUAUAGUAUCAAUGGUCACGAGUACACAAUGGGAUAUUAUCUUGCUGAUGGUAUAUAUCCUUCGUGGGCAACAUUAGUAAAAACAAUUCCUGCUCCACAUGGGAAAAAGAAAAAACAUUUUGCUGCUUGCCAGGAGUCUGCAAGGAAAGAUGUCAAACGUGCGUUCGGAGUACUCCAAUCUAGAUUUGCAAUUGUGCGUGGACCUGCAAGGUAUUUCCAACCUGAAGUUUUAAAAGAUAUUAUGUACGCAUGCAUUAUCUUGCACAAUAUGAUUGUUGAAGAUGAACGUCAUCUAUAUCUCGGGGCUGACCAAUUCAAUUAUGAAGCCAAUGAUGAUACUCCAUCCGAGCCAAUUUCACGCGAUAAUAUACCUGAAUUAAUGGAGUUCAUUGCCCAACAUCAUCGUAUUAGAGAUAGAGUCACUCAUUCUCAACUCCAAGCCGACCUUAUCGAGCACUUAUGGAAUAUGCAUGGCCGAGCAUAA